AUGUUAAGAGAAGCCCUUCUAGGUUUAUGUCUAGCGUUCUUCAUUACAUACAUAAUUCUGAUUGAGAAGAGGAUCGAUAGCUUAACUUCAUCAAAUACAGAUCUGAGAAAGAAAGUCGAACACCUCAUCACUGCGAAUCAGAACUUGGUAAAAGGAUUUGAGGACUCGUCAAAGAAGAUUGCCUUUACAGCUGGUUCAACAGGUGCUGGAGGAAUCGGAAGCGGAAGUACACUAGUAUUUCCUGUGGUCAUCAAUAACGUUGGAGGUGGAUACGACCCUGGUACAGGGAUCUUUACCGCCCCCACGGCCGGACAGUACGUUUUCUAUAUCAGUGCCCAGGGGUAUAGCAGUGACACAUUGUAUGUAUCUAUCGUACAUAAUGGAGGAGCCAAGGUAAUGACAAUGUCUGACGGGGGACGGGGUAAAGAUUUCUACGAUUCUGGAUCCAACCUGGUGACGCUGAAUCUCCAACAAGGGGACAGAGUGUGGGCAAGAUGCCAUAGUGGGUCAAAUUAUUACAGCGAGGGAAUACCUAUUACAACGUUUUCCGGUUUUCUAGUUUAAUAAAAUUAUGUUUUGGAAUAUCAGAAACUUUAAACAGAUUUUAAUCUGUCCUCAGUGGAGAAAGGACAUUUGUCAGACUUCGAGGAACUUGAAAGAGCAAGUUUGCAGUACAAAAAGUACUACGAGUAUAGAUUUUUCAAUGCCAUCUAAUCUUGACUUAUUAAUUCGGUUGGCGACGAAGCAUAUUGCGCAGAACGUGUGCAUAAAUAAUGUUAAGCUAAGGACUCGCUUGUCAAUUAAGAAAUUUCAG